AAGAGUACCACAGACUGCUUCACCAGCCAAGACAGACAAUACCAACAAAGAAUAAGCACCAACGACGAAGCCGAAACUAUGACACCAACUCAAACAACGGCUCUGGUAAUGAUGACGACACCGAUUCCAAAUGAAGAAUCUGGUAACGAUGAUACCAGCGAUGACAACAAACUGAACUUGUUAUUAUAA